AUGGAUGAAAAAGGCAAGUUUGUUUUAAGACCAAUUGGUCGUAUAUUAGAUGAAGAUGAACCUGGAGAUGAUGAAGAUUUGUACCGAUUUUGGUUCCAAAAACAAGUUUUUACAUCUGAGAGACACUGUAGUGUUUUGAGACCUUGUACAACUAUUGCUCAGACGUGGCGCAUGAAGGAAAGAAUGAAAACUGUCAGUGUUGCUUUAGUUUUGUGCCUGAAUAUAGGCGUUGACCCCCCAGACACUGUUAAAAUAUCUCCUUGUGCCAGACAACAAUGUUGGAUAGGUUUGUUGGAUGUUAAUGGUGGAAAUGUUCAAAAACCUAUUGAAAUUAUAGGAGCAGCACUUCAAAAGCAGUAUGAAAGAUGGCAACCAAAAGCCAGGUACAAAUUAAGUCUAGACCCGACUACUGAUGAUAUCAAAAAGUUAUGUCAGUCCUUGAGAAGGAAUGCUAAAGAUGAACGAGUUCUUUUUCAUUACAAUGGACAUGGCGUCCCUAAACCUACUUCGAAUGGUGAAAUUUGGGUUUUCAAUAAGCACUACACUCAGUAUAUACCACUGUCCGUGUGUGACCUCCAGAUAUGGAUGGGCAGUCCCUCUAUUUAUGUAUUUGACUGUUCUAAUGCUGGUAACGUUGUUGAAUAUCUUAAUAAUCCUCACGUAGGGGGAACGUACAAAGAGUUUGAUUUUGCAAAUGAAGUAACGUAUUUUUUGUGUAUAUACUAUCCUGCAUUUAUUUCGGUACCUCCGUCAAUUUCUUCACCUUAUUCGUACAUCUUAUUAGCAGCAUGUCAGGCCAGUGAAAUUUUACCUUUAUGUCAACAUUUACCUGCUGAUCUAUUUACAUCUUGCCUGACUACACCCAUCAAAGUUGCUCUUAAAUGGUACGCUCUUUCAAAAAGUCGCAAAAUAGUUCCAAGUUUUACUGUGGAAAUGGCAGAUCAAAUUCCAGGAUUACUUAAUGAUCGUAGAACAAUGCUUGGUGAAUUAAAUUGGAUCUUUACAGCUGUCACCGACACCAUUGCAUGGAACACACUAUCUAGAGAAUUGUUUCAAAAGCUUUUUAGGCAAGAUCUUCUUGUUGCAAGCCUAUUUAGGAAUUUUCUUUUGGCUGAAAAAGUAUUAAACUUUUACAACUGUUCUCCUAUCUCAAUACCUCGAUUACCAUCUACACGUCAUCAUUUUAUGUGGUUGGUCGUUAAAUAA